UUCAGAUUUAACACUUAUAUUACUCAUUAAGGUUAAAACCAUGCGAACCAAUAAUCAAAAUCCCAUUUCGAUAAAACAAUUUGAAUUGUGAAGACAUCAUAAAGAUGACCUCACGCAGAUGACCUCAAGAGACGGGAACAUUAUUGUGUCACUGCAGUGUUACGUGGAAUUGUGAAGUCGGCUUGAGCUUUAAGCAGGGCGGGAGGAGUGUAAAACUUGAGCGAACGUCAUUCAGCACAUGCGUUUCGGAUCUCUAUUACAGAAAGAUUACUUAUUAUUAUUAUUUGUUAAUGAGCCCGUUAAGAUCGAUAUUGAUUGAAAAGAAAAGGCGGAAAUAUAUACGAUAAGUGUAUGACAGAGCCACUUCCGGCAGAUCCGUAAGUAAGCUUGCCACAGCUUCCUCGUUGAGAUAACACUGUAGUAUCAUAAACAAUCGACUGGACAUAGAGGCAGAUGAUGGAGCUGGGGUACAACUCCAGUGGAGGGGGUGCUAACCUGACCAACUCCUCCCUAGUCAGUGUGGCCGCCCUGGAGUGGGAGGAAUUUAGGAACAAUGACCUGGCUAUCGCCGUCUUUCUGGCCCUGCUGUCCGUCAUCGGUUCCGUGGGAAAUGGUCACGUUUUUUGUGUCUACUUUUUCCGGUACAAUUCUUCCAACCAUCGGACGUUUGUGGUAGCGCUGGCAUUGAUUGACUUUCUUGCCUGCUUUGUAGUUAUUCCGUUUGAGAUUUUUGACAUGAGGUACAAAUACACAUUUACCUCGACAAAUACGUGUAAAACGUUCCGCUACAUCAAUCACUGUGUUGUGCUGAGUUCGGGUCUAAUGUUAGGGGUAAUAGCUGUAGAAAGAUUCCGAAAGGCUUGUAGACCUUUUCUAAAACAACUCUCAACCAAGGGAGCUUUUGUCGCUUGUAUAGCGACCGUUGUAUUCGCUGUUAUAUCUAGCAUCCCUGUGCUUGUUUUUUAUGGAUCUGCCGAAAAAGAGGCGCACGGAUUAAUAGUGUACAACUGUAAAGUCUUACCUAGCUACCGGAAAAACAAAUUCUACAAAAUGUUUUACGGCCUCCUGCUUGUUCUUAGUACUAGCACGUUUUUAGUUUGUACGGUGAUGUACAUAUUUGUUGGCCGAGUGUUAUAUAAACAAAUGAAAUUCAGAAUGGAAGCCCAGCAAACUCACAGAGGGCAGCUCCAGUCAAUGAUAGCAAAUGACGUAGAAAGCGAGUCCAGCUCAGUGACGACCGGUUCCCGGGAGAGUUCUUCUGUGGGAGGUAAAAAGAGUGUUCUCCGCUCCCUGAGUUCUGUCCCUUUAAAUGCUCUGAACAGAUUGUCCACCAAACGCAGAAAGCUCGGCGUGGGACGCAGUAGGCGGAUAACCAUCAUGUUCAUCGUGGCGACGGGCGUGUCCUACAUUGGGGUGUUUCCCAAUAGUGUUAUUCUGAUAAUAAAAGCGGUGAACAGUACUCUUUAUCGGUCCAUGACGGCACAGCUGGGCGCCUUCAUAGGAUUCCUGUUACGUGGGUACUUUUUGAGUAAUGUGACAAACCCUAUUGUGUAUAGCUUUUUUGACGAUCGAUUUCGGCGGGAAUGCAAGAAGUUGUACUCGGUGUUUAAAUGCUGUCGUCGCUGAACGGACCUUCAUUGCAAUAUUUUAAUUUAUGUGGAAUUUUAUUUUUUAUUUUUUU